CCAAGCUCUUUCCCUGUCAGGGUCCAGGUUUUCAAAUUUCCCCAAAACUCCAAAUGCUCCGCAUGCGAAGAUGUCCACCAAACAGGCACGCCGCACGCUGGCAAGCUGCACGACAUGAUUCAAACUCUCCUUGCCUUUGAACGAUAUUCGCCAUGGCUGGCGGACGCAAAUCCAAAGCAGCGGUGAUCGCCUCACCGCGCCAGACUCUGAUCCUCGACAACGGCGCACAUACGAUCAAGGCGGGGCUGAUCCCAACCGAAGAGUCGCCCGAUGCUACCGAUGACGGCGACGACAAUAAACCCGAUACGGCAGCGUCAUCGGGCGGCAGCAAGCCCAAUAUCUUGAGGAUACCGAAUUGCAUCGCCCGAGAUCGUAACCGCAAAACAUACGUCGGCUCGGAGCUGAGCAAGUGCAAGGACUUUGGCGAGAUCGCUUUCCGUCGCCCGGUCGAGAAGGGCUACAUCGUCAAUUGGGAGGCGCAAAGGGAGAUCUGGGACCGCGAGCUUUUCGACAAGAAGACUGCCUCCCAGCUAUGCGAUCCUUCCGAGACGAGGCUGAUACUUGCCGAGCAGCCGGGUGCUCUGCCUGCGUUGCAAGCAAACUGCGACCAAAUGGUGUUUGAGGAGUUUGGCUUUGCUAGCUACUAUCGCGGAAUCGGCCCCGCUUUCAAUGCAUACCACGAUAUCCAAAGCAUCUUCCACACCCCAUCAGAAGCAAAUGCAGUCAAGCAGGUCCCCGCAGAGGUCAUGCUACUGAUCGACUCUGGAUACUCGUGCACCACAGUGACGCCCCUGCUCCGCGGCCGGCCAUUGCACUCGGCUGUGCGCCGACUCAACGUUGGCGGAAAGUUCCUGACCAACUAUUUGACGCGUCUGCUGUCGCUCCGACAUUACGACAUGCGCAAUGAUACGUACAUUGUCAACGAGAUGAAGGAGAAGGCGUGUCACGUGUCUCUGGAUUUCAAAUCAGAUCUCGAGAAGACCUGGAAAGGUACAAGAGGGGAAAGGAGAGAGACGUACUUGACGGGGGCUGGGAUAGCAAAGGACUACGUCCUGCCAGACUUCCACUCGCGCUCAGAGGGCAUAGUCCGUGACUAUGAUCCGCAACGCGCCGCGGGUCGGGCGAAGCGAAUGGCCGCAGCUGCGCAAGACCCGGACGCAUUUGCAGACGAAGAUGUGUUGACGCUGAGGAACGAGCGGUUCGUCGUCCCAGAGCUACUCUUCAACCCGUCCGAUACGGGACUUCGACAGCCUGGCCUGGCUGAGUUGGUGAUGCAAUCACUGUCAGAGCUUCCUAUUGGGCUUUGGCCAGGCCUUUUGGCCAACAUCGUUGUUGUGGGCGGCAAUGCUCUGUUUGACGGGUUUAUCCAGCGGCUGCAAAAGGAAGUCGUACAGCUGGUCCCGGAUGAGUGCAUCGUCCGCGUUGCUAGGCCAUUUGACCCCAUCACGAGUACGUGGGAGGGUGCGGCCAACUUUGCACGACAUGAGCAUGCCGAAAAGCUCGCAGUCACUAAACAGGAGUACGAGGAGUACGGGAGCCAAUGGGUUGCGAGGAAAUUCGCCCUUGGUCUAGGUGCCGACGACAUCUAGCAUACCAGCUGCACACGUAAUAUCCUUGAUGCAUCUAAUUUUCAUUCACGCAUUUCAUUGGUGCGGCCGUCUAAUUCUGGUCCUAGACAUCAAAAAGGGGACAGCACAUGGCAUAUUUGAUCAUUAUUGUCAUUACUAUCGGUUCCCGUCGUACAUAUGCGGUCAACCCCUAUCAUAGAUAACUGGACAAGCCACCAGCAAUCCGGCACAUUCUGUUUCCCUGUUUACGGGCCCUCGAUAGCCUGCCUUCUGCGUGGUGAGCCCUGCUCGCAUCAUCCCGUCAACUGACGCAGCCUGUAUUUGAUUCAAUGUCUUGCUUUCAGAACCCUUCCUUAGUGCGAAGAAGUCGGGGCCGGAUCCCUCAACUCUGCCGACUUGGGCAAAGAAUUCUUUUUGGACAUUUUCGCGGCUCCCCUUCGCCCACUCGUAUCCGAUGUUGGCUCUUCGUCGCGUCGCAAAACUUUUGUCAUUGUGUUGCUCUGGCUGGCGAGGUACCAGGGCCUGUCCUCAGCUUCAGUGCGUAUGCAGGCAGUGAUUGGGCGCCUCAUGCCUCCAUUGUCUUGCUUGUCGCAAUCGAUUUUUGAUGAUUUUCGCCCCUUUGCCAUGCCUCUGAACUGGAGGAUGUCUUGGGACAGGAGCUGGUUGAUAGGUUGUUCUGCGCUGAGUGUAUGUGCAGCUCCUAGGGAGGCCACAACGACCAAGUUGGCUACGACUGUGUGGAAAUGCAUGGUGUCUGGGUGUGCCAAGACUGUUGUUUGAUCUGGGCAAACUGUUUGUGGGGAUUUGUAUUUGUGAACAAAGACUGUGGCAGAUUUAUGUCUUUUGUCGUCCGUAUGAUUUGCUUUGGAAUGACUUGUUGAUGUGGUUUGAGUUAUUGCCAAUAUUCGCCAAGAGAUCAGACAAAUACCCUCAGCCUUAUAUGUAUACGAUAGAUCUUCUACCUGUACGCAUCGUCACAUACAAUACGCGUAGAUCCGUGGGCACUCGGAGAAACGAUCAGGAACGAUCCCUCCUGAGACCUGAAACACCCCCUCGACAAAACCACUUUUUUGGUUAUUUAGUAAACAAGCGCAUGAAGGUGAAUCCACUCGAGAAAUCUUCCGCCGCGUCAUUUUCUGUGCUUCGGAAACCUUUUUACCUUUUUUCACCCUCUUUACGACGCUG